AUGUCUGCAGAUUAUUGGAACUCAUCACAAAGAAAUCAAUGGCAGCUCACUAGAUUUUCCUUACUUGAAGCAAGAAGGAAAAUCAUUUAUCUUGAACGUAAAAUGAUUCAAAAUGGACUUAUAAAAGAUUCUCCCAACAUUAAUUAUGAUUACAAUAUGCGAAUAUAUCUUCAUAACUUGAUGCUAAAAUUAGGUCGUCGAAUGAAUGUACGGCAAGUUGCUAUUGCCACUGCUGAAGUAUAUUGCACGCGAUUUUUAACUCGAGUCAGUUUAAAAGAAAUAAAUGUUUAUUUACUUGUGACAACUUGCUUAUAUGUUGCUUGCAAGAUUGAAGAAUGUCCUCAACAUAUACGAUUGAUUGUUCUGGAGGCAAGAAAUUUAUGGCCAGAGUAUAUUCCACAAGAUGUAACUAAAUUGGCAGAAUUUGAAUUUUAUUUAAUUGAAGAAAUGGACCUGUAUUUGUUAUUACAUCAUCCCUAUAAAUCACUUUUACAGUUGAAAAAUUAUUUUGAACAAAAGUAUGGUAUCUAUGGAUUUAAAUUAACUGAUGAAGAGUUGCAAAAUUGUUGGAGUUUAAUUAAUGAUAGUUAUAUUACUGAUUUACAUUUGUUAUUACCACCACAUAUAAUUGCAGUUGCUGCUGUAUACAUUACAAUUGUAUUGAAAAAGAACUUGUCACAGUUAAAGAAUAAAGAUGAAAAUGGAAGUGCAGAGGGUAACAAUACCAAUAGUUCAAACAAUAUCGGCACAAGUAUAUCACAGCAGGAUUAUCCCCAAGCCAUGAAUAAUAGCAACAAACCAGGUUCUACAGAUGGGUUUGACAACAGCUCAGCUAACAAAGAGUUGAAUAUUGAUGACUUGAUGAAUUUAUCAAAGCCAAAUAGCCAAGAGAAUGGUAAGACAAAGUCAGCGGAAGUAUCACCACUGAAAAAUGGCAAUACACAAUCAGCUAGUCAAAAAGAGAGUCAGGGAAAUACCAACCACCCGAGUCUUCAACAACCGACUAAAUCAACUCAUACAGCACAAGAUCUAGUUAAUUUUGAUUUAGAUAUCCUAGAUGAAGAUACAAUUAGGAUCAACAAGUUUAUGAAUUUUCUUGAACAUUCACAUAUAAAUCUUGAUGAAGUUGUUGAAGCAGUUCAAGAUAUGGUUAAUGUAUAUGUGUUAUGGAAUAGAUACAAUGAACAAUCAGUUAGGAAAGCCUUACAGGUGAUGUUAUGGAAGAGAUGA